AUGAGAGAUUAUAAGAUCGUUGUUUUAGGAGCAGGGGGUGUUGGUAAAUCCUCAGUUACUGUUCAAUUCGUUCAAGGUGUUUAUGUUGAAAGUUAUGAUCCAACUAUUGAAGAUUCUUACAGAAAACAAAUUGAAAUUGAUGGCAGAGCUUGUGAUUUAGAGAUCUUAGAUACCGCUGGGGUUGCACAAUUCACCGCCAUGAGAGAAUUAUAUAUCAAAUCCGGUAAAGGAUUCAUAUUAGUUUAUUCAGUUACUGAUGAAAACUCUUUAAAAGAAUUAUUGGCUUUAAGAGAACAAGUGUUGAGAAUUAAAGAUAGUGAUAAUGUACCAAUGGUUUUGAUUGGUAAUAAAUCUGAUUUAGAAAAUGAUAGAGUUUUAUCAAUUGAAGAUGGGGUUAAAGUUAGUCAAGAAUGGGGAUUAGUACCAUUCUAUGAAACUAGUGCUAUGUAUAAAACUAAUGUUGAUGAAGCAUUUAUUGAUGUUGUAAGACAAAUCAUGAGAAAAGAAGCUGCCAUGUCAGCUGAAAAGAAACAACAAAAAGAAUUACAAAAGCAACAAGACCAAAAAUCAGAAAUACCUCCAUCAGAAAAAGAAGUUAAAAAAGUUAGAACAAAACAAUCUUCAUCAGGGGAAGAAAAUGAUAAAGCAAAGAGUAAAUGUUGCGUAAUUAUGUAA